AUGUCUGACUUCAACGACGACCAUGAUUUUGCAACUGGAGAGGCUUCAGCCUCAGCAACUUAUCCAAAACAAUGCUCUGCUUUGAGAAAGGGUGAGUUUGUUAUGAUCCGUGGGAGACCAUGCAAGAUCGUCGAUAUGAGUACAUCAAAAACCGGAAAACAUGGUCACGCUAAAGUUAACUUGGCUGCUCUUGAUAUAUUUACUGGAAAAAAACUUGAAGACAUCUGUCCAUCUACCCAUAAUAUGGACUGUCCAGUUGUUAAAAGAAAAGAAUACCAACUUCUUGCUAUCAAUGAAGAUGAUGGAUUUGUAUCUUUGAUGGAUCUUGAGACCUGUGACACUAAGGAUGACCUUAGACUUCCAGAAGGAGAAGUUGGCGAUCAAAUCAAGGCUGCUUUCGAAAAGGACGAAGCUGGUAUAAUUUGUUGUGUUGUUUCUGCCUGUGGAGAAGAGGCUAUUCUUUCUUGGAAACCAAUGUCUUCAAAGGAAUAA